UGCCGUGCGUGGCGGCGGCGGAGCGGAGGCUGGAGUGGCGCUGCGACUGCGUGCGCGGGCGCCCCGGGGCGGGGUUCCGGCGGCGCGAGCGAACGUCUUCCGGCUGUGCGCGGGGUUUGUCCGGCCGGCCUCCGGGACAUGAAGCCCCCCGGACCCUGAGGUUGGACCCCUCUGUGACAUGCCUGCCAUGAAGGCGCUCCUUAGCACACUCUGGCUCGCUCUGGCCUGUGGCUCUGUCCACACCACCCUGUCAAAGUCAGAUGCCAAAAAGGCCACCUCGAAGACCCUGUUGGAGAAGACUCAGCUUGCAGAUAAGCCUGUCCAAGAUCGGGGUCUGGUGGUGACAAACCCCAGAGCCGAGGAUGUGGUCCUCGAGCAUCGCAGCUACUGUGCAACAAAGGCCCGGGAGCGGCACAUUGCUGGGGACGUCCUGGGCUACGUCACUCCAUGGAACAGCCAUGGCUACGACAUUGCCAAGGUCUUCGGGGGCAAGUUCACACACAUCUCGCCCGUGUGGCUACAGAUAAAGAGGCGUGGCCGUGAGCUGUUUGAGGUCACGGGCCUUCACGACGUGGACCAAGGGUGGAUGCGGACGGUCCGGAAGCAGGCCAAGGGCCUACGCAUAGUGCCUCGACUCCUGUUUGAGGGCUGGUCUCACGAGGACUUCCGCAGCGUCUGGGACAGCGAGGACGAGAUAGAAGAGCUCAGCAAGACCAUGGUCCAGGUCGCCAAGAGCCAGCAUUUUGACGGCUUCGUGGUGGAGGUCUGGGGCCAGCUGCCCGGCCAGGAGCAUAUCGGUCUCAUCCACAUGCUCACCCACAUGGCCGAGGCCCUGCACCAGGCCCGGCUCCUGGCCAUACUGGUCAUCCCACCGGCCGUCAUUCCCGGGACGGACCAGCUGGGCACUUUCACGGUCAAGCAGUGGGAGCAGCUGGCGCCCGUGCUGGACGGCUUCAGCCUCAUGACCUACGACUACCCCACCGCGCAGCAGCCUGGCCCCAAUGCACCGCUGUCCUGGGUGAGAGCCUGUGUGCAGGUGCUGGACCCCAAAGCCCAGUGGCGAAGCAAGAUCCUCCUGGGGCUCAACUUCUACGGCUCCGACUACUCGGCCUCCAAGGGCGGCCGCGAGCCCGUCGUUGGGGCCAGGUACAUCCAGACGCUGAAGGAGCACCGGCCACAGAUGGUGUGGGACAGCCAGGCCGCGGAACACUAUUUCGAGUACAAGAAAAGCCGUGGUGGGAGGCACAUCAUGUUCUACCCGACUCUGAAGUCCCUGCAGGUGCGGCUGGAGCUGGCCAGGGAGCUGGGCGUCGGGCUGUCCAUCUGGGAGCUGGGCCAGGGCCUCGAUUACUUCUAUGACCUGCUGUAGGCCCACCCCGGAGCAGACGUGCGAAAUACAGACGCUUCUCUCCUCCUGGCCGUGUCUGCUGCGGUCUUCGGGAGGGGCAGAGGCGUCCUGGGACCCCCAGCUCAGCAGUGACCAGUGCUGUGGGGAGACAGCCCUGGCCCAGGGCACCCCUACAACACAGGCUGCUUCCACCAGCCUCACUGCCUGCUGUCGCUCAAGUGGGGGCAGAACCCACGGCCCUGCCCCACAGGGUGGCCGGGCGUCCACCACUCCACACGGCCUGUGGUUUUCUGUGCGUUUGGGAGCUCUGGGACAGCACAGGCUCCCACACUGGACCCUGGCAGAGGCGGCUCUGCACCCCAGGGCCACUCAAAGGGGCCCGGCCUCCCACUGCCCACACUGGCUCGCCUGCCCAUACAAGCUGCAAACUAGCCUGCCAAGUGCCCCAAGGCACGGGCGUGGGGCCCAUGCAGAAACCAGGCUGAGAGGCCAGCUCUGGGCCCUGGACCCCCGGGAGCCUGUUGGUGCCGUGGAUGUGGCCACCAUGAAAUGACAGCAAGCUGGCUCGUUCCACCACCCAUGGGCACAGCCACACUCCUGGAUGAAACCCUGGGAAACACUCGGAUUGCACGCAGCCCAAGGACAGCCGGCCCCCGGCCCCCUGCCCACCCAGCAG